AUGAAUGAGGAGAUGCUGACACAUGGAGAUGCCGAGCGCUCCCCACAGAAUGAGGAGAUGCUGACACACUCCCCAAAGAAUGAGGAGUUGCUGACACAAGGAGACGCAGGGCACUCGCCACAGAAUAAGGAGAUGAUGACACAUGGAGACGCUGAGCGCUCCCCACAGAAUGAAGAGAUGCUGACACAUGGACACGCCGAGCGCUCCCCACAGAAUGAGGAGAUUCUGACACAUGGAGACGCUGAGCGCUCCCCACAGAAUGAGGAGAUGCUGAAACAUAGAGAUGCUGGGCGCCCCCCACAGAAUGAGGAGAUGCUGACACACUCCCCAAAGAAUGAGGAGAUGCGGACACAUGGAGAUGCUGAGCGCUCCCCACAGAAUGAGGAGAUGCUGAUACAUGGAGACGCCGAGCGCUCCCCACAGAAUGAGGAGCUGCUGACACAUGGAGAUGCUGAGCGCUCCCCACAGAAUGAGGAGAUGCGGACACGUAGAGACGCUGGGCGCUCCCCACAGAAUGAGGAGAUGCUGACACAUGGAGAUGCUAGGCGCUCCCCACAGAAUGAGGAGAUGCUGAUACAUGGAGAUGCUGAGCCCUCCCCACAGAAUGAGGAGCUGCUGACACAUGGAGAUGCUGAGCGCUUCCCACAGAAUGAGGAGAUGCGGACACGUAGAGACGCUGGGCGCUCCCCACAGGAUGAGGAGAUGCUGACAAAUGGAGAUGCUUGGCGCUCCCCAUAG